AGGGACGAUGGAAGGAAAGGAAGGGAGAGAAGGAAGCAAGGAAGAAAAAAACAGACGAUUAUUAAUUUUAUUAACCUUCCUCCAGAAUGCAGAAAAUACUCGCUUGGGGUUUGACUCAAAGGAGGGAAGAGAGCCUGCUGGGCCUUUGGGAAAAGUCACUUUCUUUAAGUUAAGGUUGGCAGCCAUCCAAUCCUUACAAUGACUCUUUGUAUUUUGGUCUCAGCAGGUGACCGAGUGGGACACAGCAGGGGGACCCAACUGGUCUGAAUGGAAUGGGAUGCCGCCACCUUUGACCUGGGAACUUGGGUCCCUUCCCUAACUUUUAAGAAAUCCGGGGGACGUUUGCAUGCAAACUCAACCCUGCCUCUCCGCCUGUCAAUUGUGAAAUAAAUAUUUGGGCCGACAGAAGAAGCAUAAUCUGCAAUUUUCGCAAUGUCUCCCUGCUGACUCGGGACAUUCCCGCCUGCGGUUCAAUUGGACGCAUGAAAACAAAAAAUUAUCCGGCCAUCCUCUACAACAUUUGCCGAAGAUUUUGGGAGGGUUGAUGAUUCGAGAAGGUGGAAACCUCUUUUGGAAUUAGAAUUAAUCUGGAUCCAAACCUCUCCUGGACAGGGAGCGAGAAGCUGGCUUUUCGGGAAGGAUUACGUUUCCUUGGAAAUGCCUCAACAUUCCCGGAGUUACUUUCGAGAUACGUGUCGGAUUUGUGGGCGAUUUGGGAAUUUUUCGGGGAACUGGAUCGAUGCCAGGCCUUUUCGGAAUUGGGUGAAAGUUUGACUCGAUAUUUAACGAAAGCAGAGGAGCGGAGAAAAGAAAAGGGGAAAAAAAGGCAAAAUAUGAACGAUAACGCCGGUCCCAUCUAUGCUUGUUCUCAGGAAAAAAAAAAAAAAUAAUCAAACCUGCUCCCUGAAUAUUUUUGAAGGAAUUUUGGACUAGCUUUUCCCCCCCCCCCUUUUUUUAAAAUUCUGGAUUUAAGAGGAAAAGUUUGAUUUCGUGAGCUGUGGAUCGUUUGGGCCUGUUCAUUGCCAAAUGGGAAACUUUUGAUUUCUUUUGUUGGAUUCCAUGACAUUGCAAAGAAAUAAUAAUAAUAAUAAUUGGCUGUUCUCUUUAUUCCAGUUUCCAGUUGGAAAGAAGUCCCCUUAAAUGUCUGUGGGCUACUUUUCCACUUUCUGCUCGCCUCGCAGAUCUGUGUUCCAGCUUGUUGCAUUCCUGUCUUUUGCUCAAUCUUUUCGGUCUGGAAGCAAUCAGAGUUGGUCAAAUCGCUUUUCUGGCGAUUUUGCUGACCCAGAAAAAUUUGGAAAACCUCAGAAAAACUACUGGGGGAAUAAUCAUAGGGAAUUGCAAAUUGCAACUGGACGGACUUCUAAGGAAACCACAUUCACUGCACACAAAUAUAUAUAUAUAUAAGAACCCCUGAAAUUUAUUUAGAGAUUUUUUUUCCCCUUCCCCUCACUUUGCAUUGGAAUAUUCAUCAGGAACUAUCUUGCCAAGGAAAUGGAGUUAUAUCUUCUAUGUUUGUGGUUUGUUGGCUUGUUUAAGAUGAGGAAAAAUCGAUUUUAAAUUUCUCAGGAAUUCUUUUUUUUUUUUUCCUGUUGUUGUUCUCCCUCCGGGCACAACGUACUAAAGCAGAAGAGAGGAAUGUUUUUUCGAAAGACUGUCUUUAUUUUGUCAAGAGUCUUAAUAUAUUAAGGUGUCAUUUUGGUUCGCGGAGGCUGUUCAGGUCUUCUGAUCCCUUUGUUUGAUGUUGGAGGCUCACCAUGUCUACAAGUGCGCAGUUGUGUCGCGCUCUGUACGACAACACGGCCGAGUGUCCGGACGAACUCUCCUUCCACAAGGGGGACCUCAUGGUCCUUCUCCAGCCAGAAGGGACAGGCCUGGAAGGCUGGCACCUGUGUUCCUUACAUGGCCAGCAAGGGAUCGUGCCGGCCAACAGGGUGAAGGUCCUCCCCGAGUCGGGAUCUCACCCAAAUCACACCCCAGCAGAGGUCUACCAGGUCCCGAAGAAGGAGGGUCUCCUGAUGGGAAAGAUCUCCGAUGGAUCCAUAGACGGAUGGAGAAGAAGAGAUCAAAGGAAAGAAGAACAGGAGGUCUAUGAGAUACCACCACCUGCAAGGCCCUGCCCGCUGCCCCCAGAGGGGAUCUACAGGGUACCUCGGGGGACCAGAAAAGAAGAUGAUUCUGUGGAGGUUUAUGACGUACCCUCGUCCUUGCUCCGUGAUGUGGUUUUGGACACGUACGAUUCGCCCACCCCAAGGGUCAAAAAAAUCGCCCGGGUAGCCCCCCAGCCUAGCGCCCCACCAAAUGCGGACGAAGCUUACGACGUGCCGCUCGCCUUCAAGAAAGCCCUGGCGCAAGAGGAGGUAGAGGAGGAGGAGGAGGAGGAAGAAAACUGCGAAGGGCCGCUGAUCUAUGCCAUCCCGUCCAAUUUACGGCGCGCUUCAGCCUUGCUUAACUUGUACGAAUCUCCCGAAGACAUCCGGGCAGCAGGAAAGGAGGAAGAGGACGACGAAGAAGACGGGGCCAUUUAUGACGUUCCUCUCCUGACGCCCAGCACCCCGCCCCUGGAGGGAGCCCUCCAAGGACUCAACCUAAGGGACCCAGGACCCCCCACUCGUCCCCGGCUGCCAUCUGCGGAGAGUCUGUCCCGCCGUCCGCUGCCCGCUCUCCCGAGCGAGGAGCGGCUUUCCGGCGAGCUACCGCCCCCGUCGCCCAAUGUCAUGCGGAAGGGUAGCAUCCAGGACCGUCCACUGCCUCCCCCUCCGCCCCGGCUGGGGGGUCUUGGGGCAGGGGACCAGCUGGACCAAGCUAGGGAUGACGUCCACAACGAAUACGAAGGGAUCCGUCUGGCCGACGAGUACGAUUAUGUCCACCUGAAGGGGGCUGACAAGACCCAGCAGAAAGCCACCACGCCCGAAGCCAGCCCCACACUGACGGUCUCGGGAGAGGCAACGCCGACGGAAGAAAUGGUGCCGCCAUCUCCGGAGGACAGCCAGCUGCUGCAGUUCUACACGGGGCAGUGCCAGACACACUACCGCACCCUCCUGUCGGCCAUCGAGGCCCUCUCGGCCAGCGCCGGGGCCCACCAGCCGCCCCGCGUCUUCGUGCCCCACGGCAAAUUUGUCAUCGUCACGGCACACAAGCUGGUGUUCGUGGGCGACACCGUCUCCCGCCUGGCGUCUUCGGCGGCCGUGCGGGCCAGGGUGGGGGCCGCCAGCACGGCGCUGUGCCAAGCCUUGAAGGAAGCAGUCCUGUCAGUCAAGAGCGCCGCUUUGAGCUACCCGUCGCCGCCCGCCGCCCGAGAGAUGCAGGGUUGCGUGGCGGAGUUGUCGCGCCAAGCUCUGGCUUUCACCACCUUGCUGGGCACCUUAGCGCCCUCUUGAUCCGGGACUCCGCACGGCUGCCACUCCACCCUAAGGUGGACGAUGGAACAAUAGAUCUCUCUUUCUGCAGAAGGUGCCCAGCGGGGCCCAUCCUGGCCAGUGACAGAAUCGGUACCCAUGUUCUGUUUCAGCCCGGCUCGUUCAUCGGUCAAGACCUAGAUCCACGGCCGAUGCAUGUGCCAAAAAAAAAAAAAAAAGCACUCUGUCGUAUCUCAAGGACCUUCCUUACGCCCUUGCCAAUCUUCCUAGCCAAAGAUUGUCCCCGGUUUUGGCCCUCUCGCCAGCGUCUCUCGAACUCGGGACCUCGUCUGCUGCCAGAUUUUAGCACGGAUUCUUUAAUCUGGAAGGGCGACUCUGUCAUCUACACAGAUGAACGGAUUUCGGGUGAGAGGACCUUUGCUGGUUUCGGGAUCCUCCUGAUGGUCGAAAGGAGGAGAACGGCAUCCGGUGUGCCCAGACCCCCCCCCCCCCCCCGAGGCUUAACAGGAUACGAGGAAGAAGAAAAUGGCUGCCAAACGGAGUGUCUCGUUGCUACCUGCCCGUCCCGCCGCCAUUCCCCCCCGGUUCCCUCGAUUAGCUGCAAUAAAUGAUAUUGUGUCAAGGAUUGGAAGGGCAAACAACAUAAAAUGUUAUUAACUGAAUUGACGAAGUAAUUACGAUAGUAUUUCUCAACCAUGGUCCCUUUAAGAGGGGAUGGACUUCAACUCCCAGAAUUCCCCAGCCAGCCAUGGCUGGCUGGGGAAUUCUGGGAGUUGAAGUUUAACCCCUCUUAAAGGGACCACGGUCGAAAAGACUGAAUUAGCAGACAACACCUUCAGGAUGUCAGUAAACGGAGACAAAGUAUUUUUUUUUCCCCCCUCAGGAAAUAUUUCUCAGAAUCUCUCUAGGUUUGAUGAUAAUAAAAUAGAUGGAAAAAACUGGCUGUGUUUU